UGGGAAAAAAACGCGGCUCCUCUUAUUUAUGAAACAAGGUGGCAGGAGUUAAUGACUCACACACGGGAGACGGAGACCUGGAGGGGAUUAAUGACAAACCUGCACAUCUUCACCAAGAAGUGAGGCGACCAUAAUCAUUUCAUUCUAGGGGGGAUAUAACAACAGAUGCGACCGUCCUACAGAAAUAGAGGGAAACUCCAGCGCGCCGCCGUCUGCUUGCAGCCGCUCCUUUAUCCCGCUGCUGGGGCCUAGUGGGUGGAUAAGUCACAUGGCCACUUUUCCUUUUUCCCACACAAACACACCCACAUCCUCCUCCAUGCAGCCGCUCUUCAACUCGCAACUUGCACGCAUCGGCCAGUCCGCUCCGUCUGGAUACUGGUGCAGCACCAACUUGCGCCCCGCGAGCUCUUUCUCCGCACAAUGCGUCCGAAUGCGGAGUGACGCACGCCCGCUUCUUCAGCCUUUUUUCCCGUCGGAGAUAUUCGAGGUCCCGUCUUUCGGAGGGACUGAGUCCGAGAGCUCACUUUCAGUUGUAAUCUGACGCCGCGCGUGGACGCGAGGCAACUUGGACCCAUUUCGUUUCUAGGCCCGAGUUGCUGCAGCGCGUCUCCGCUGCCUUCACCCCCACAUCCAGAUUCCAGAGAACCGGUGCGAGACCGCGCGGCCGAGACAUGAGCCUGGUGGACGUGAGGCACGCCGCGGCGUCCCUCACCCUGUCCUUGUCCCGCAGCGACUCCAGGGAGCGCUACCUGGACCGCGUGGACCGGGCCGACCCGGAGGACCUGCGCAGCCGGAACAUGUCGCCGGACCUGAGGCAGGACUUCAGCAUGAUGGAGCAGAAGAAGAGGGUCACCCAGAUUCUGCAGAGCCCAGUGUUUAAAGACGAGUUGGAGGGACUGAUUCAGGACCAGCUGACCAAAGGCAACAACCCCACGGGGCUGCUGGCGCUGAGGCAGAUCGCUGACCUGGUCAUGGCCAGCGCGGUGGGAGGGGCCGGCCCCUUGACUUCACCCGUCAGCCUCGGCUUGGUGACGCCGGUCAACGACCUGUACGGGAUCGAGUCUCCGUCGUUCGCCAAAGGGGAGAAGCAGAGCCGCUGCCGCCUGGCCAGCCUCUACAGGCUCGUCGACCUCUUCAGCUGGGCUCGUUUCACAAGCUCCUACAUCACCGUGCGUGUGAAUAAAGAACAAGACCAUGUUCUCAUUAGUCCUCGAGGUUUGUCUUUUGCUGAGGUGACGGCUGCUAAUCUGGUGAAGGUGAACAUCGUCGGCGAGGUGGUGGACCAGGGCUCCACUGAUCUGGGUAUCGACCAUUUUGGAUUCGCUCCCCACGCGGCCAUUUACUCCAUGCGCCCCGACGUGAGGUGCAUUAUCCACGUACACACCCCGGCUACAGCUGCUGUGUCCUCGAUGAAAUGUGGAAUCCUGCCCAUUUCCCGAGAGGCUGUGCUUCUGGGAGACGUGAGCUGCUUUGGUUACCAUGGCAGCCUGGAUAAUAAAGAGGAGAAGGUGGAGUUUCAGAAAGCACUGGGCCCUACUGCCAAGGUGAUGAUUCUGAAGAACCACGGUCUGUUGGCUCUGGGAGAAACAGUAGAAGAGGCCUUCCACCACGUGUACCACUCUCAGCAAGCCUGUGAAAUCCAGGUGAGUGCUCUGAGCUGCUGUGGCAGCGUGGACAACCUCGUGGUGCUGGACAGGGGGAAGCUCAAACCCCUGGCGCCGGGCGCAGCCAAUGCCGGGGUGGUGAUCGACAACGAGGUCAAGUGGAAAGUGGGCGAGGCGGAGUUCGAGUCCCUCAUGAGGAUGCUGGACAACCUGGGGUACAGAACGGGCUACUCGUACAGGAACCCGGUGGUCCGUGAGAAGCCCCGCUCCAAAAACGACGUGGAGAUCCCCGCCACGGUGUCGGCCGUGCCGUCCGAGGACGGCGAGCUGGCGCUGCGGAGCCCCUUCAAGUUCAUGGCGCAGAAGCAGCAGCGGGAACGGACCCGCUGGCUCACCUCGCCCAACAGCUACUUGAGGGUCAAUGUUCCCGAACAGUCACCCAGCGGGGAUGCGAGCCCCAGGACCAAAACCAUGUGGAUGAAGUCUUCACAGCCGGGGAACAACGCUGGAACCCCCAUAAAGAUCGAGGACCCGAAUCAAUUCGUCCCACUUAACACCGACCCCACAGAGGUUCUGGAUAAGAGGAACCGGAUAAAAGAGCAGCACAGAGGAGACCAGAUGACUCCAGGACCAAAGUCUCAGUUGCUAGCAGGCAUCGUUGUGGACACCACACCGGGACCCGCUUUCAUCAUCGAGGACGAGGAGCAGACCCGCUCUCUUCCUCCCAACCCUUUCAAUGAGGUCACAGAGAAGGUGCUGCAGGAAUACAAGAGCUUGGUAGAAAGAAAGCGGCAGGGCCACGACGAAGACGAUGAUGCCACCGAUGCAGAUGAGAUGACUACAUUUGAUGGCUCUACUAUCUCCCUCUCCCUCUCUCCCAUAAUGACACCAGCCAAACUAGACACAAUACCCAAUGGGAAUGACCACUUGGCUGAGGUAGAGGAGGAUCUGAGCGUCGAGGUGUCCAAGCUCAGCGUGAACGCCGUGGAGACGGUGGAAAUCUCUAUAACGACGAAGGAGAAGACGGGGGAGGCGCAGACCCCAGAGAGCCAAAGCAAGUCCCCCAAGAAGAAGAAGAAGAAGUUCCGCACACCUUCGUUCUUGAAAAAGAGCAAGAAGAAGAAGGAGGAGAAGGACAAAGCGGAGGCGUGAGGGAAUUCCCUGCAAAAACAAGAGGUGUUCGCUAUGAAAAAAUCUACCUUUUUAAUUAUCAGCUUGAUGGAGGGAAGUAGAUUGAAAGAAGCGACUAUCAUCUAGUCACAGUCUCCCAGGAUGGUGUUGUUUUAACACGUCCUGCACAAUCACAGCCAUUAAAUCGCGAACGUCCCCCCAUGAGAUUCUGUGAUUGACCAUCCCUGAGGGGCGAAACGGAAAAAAAAUGAACAAUGAAUGCAAAAUGACAUAGCGGUGGUUGCUGUUACCCAUAUUUUAAUGGGGAUGAAAGUGGCUUCAUUAUGAUCAGAUUAGGCCUGUUAAAUAUGUGUCAGGUUUUUUUUUUUGCACAUGUUCAUUGUUGAAUGUAAACUGAAAGCUAUUACACAAAUGUAAAGAUUUAAUAACUACAUUAGAAGUGUUUUUUUUUCUGUGGCUGAACCUCUUAUAAUUUUACACUGUUUAGCCUUAUAAAAAGUACGAUUUGUAUUUGAAUAUUCAUAGUUAUACGAUCUUGUAAUAAUAUGUGUUGCUUUAUAUUAUAGGUAUAACAAUCUAGUGUUUGACAGUUGAAGAAAUGAUUUGAUAGUGUUUAUGAAGGUUUCCUACUAACAUGAACACGCUGUGAUUGAUCAUACAGUAAUAAUCCAUGUUUUUACAUUUAUAUCGGUGGUAUUGUUUUCAUGGUUGCUGCUUUAUUGAAUUUGUGAAGAAAGGAGUGGAGCGAGGCCGACAGCGAGAGUUCAUCUCAAAGUUUGUGGCAAAGUACCCAGAAGCUGUUUGGACGUUGGCGAAGCGAGUGGUGGAGGCUGAAGCUCAGAAAGUCGAACGUGACGGAUGUUUUUGAUUGAUUUGGUUGAACUAGACAGCUAACAGCAAUAUGUUGACGCUUUUCUUCAUAGCCACCGAGUUUGAUAUUACGUAUAAUAGAGGAUGAAAUGCUUACGUCCCACUUCAUAAUGUGAAUGGUUUGUUUUCCCCCACAGGGAGUGAACUCUGCCUUUGUGUAUUGUUUGUAUUUGUGAAGUUCAUUUGUUACACUAAAACCAAAUGUUAAUGUAACACCGAAAUGUGACAGUACAAUCUAAUAACAGUACUUUAACACUACUUUUAUCAUGUUUUGAUUAAACGCUAAUUAAGCUCCUCCACAGCGCUACAUCAGAGUCAAAGCUCCAUCAAAGUGAGUCCUUUAAAAUCGCCUUCAACCUCAUAAUAAACCUUGUAAUAAAAGCUGGGGUGGACUUCCAAAA